GGGGUUAAACCAUAGCAGUCCUUUUUUGGCACUCGAUGGGGGGCACAAGGUGUUGAGAUAAGGACAGAUUUCACCAGAGUGUGUCAAAACAAAUUUGUUGUAAGCAUUCAUUAUAUUGGUUUAAUAGUCACUGGUCACAAUGUUGAUUUAUUUGCUCUUAAGAGUUGUUGCACUUGUUUCAUAGCAUGACUCUUAAGAACAACUUACUUGCUGUAUGUUCUUUGUUGUGAUAUUUAUCAUUUCUGAGGGCUGGAUUAAGGCUGUCAUUUUCUUGUACUUUGUAACACUGGUUCAUGAUGAAAUUGCUGGUUGUGAGACUAAUCUGGUAUUUGUACUUCAGCAUUGCCACCACCUCUGUACUUCGGGAGCCAUCUAUUGGAAACUAUUAAUAAUUACGCCUUUUACCUUUCCUCCUUGGAAAGCCAGCCUCUGGAGGAGACAUCUUCCCACAUCUUCCCCUUCCCCACCAGGCUAUUUACAGUACCAUUUGAAAAUUUUGGAUAUCCUUGGGAUGCUGGAACUAGCAUGGUCAUAUUGCCAGGAACCGGCACGUUGCUGAAUGUGUUCCAGGUCUUGUUUAGGGUUAAACAACUAUUUAAGAAUACCACCCAGAGAUCUGCUCUGAGGCUGGAUAGUUAUGAGUGGCAGGGUGUGUGGGAUGCUAGGACAGUGCACGCUUCCAGUGUUUUGGAACUUCACCCCUGAACAAGUGCAGAAUCUGAAAAAACUGGUCAAAUGUUUGGAAGUAUGCUGUCGGCCUGGCGAUUCCAGAGAGACAUGGGUCACUGCAAUGUGCUGGGGCCUGGCCUGUGCCUACCGAGUCCUGUUCAACACUAUUCAGUACCCUCAAGGGGAAAAGAAGAUCCCUGGUUCUGAUGACAGAACAGGCACUGCAGCUGAACCAGAGGACCAAGCUGUGCUGGUACCGGUUGCCCCUGUAUACAAGAAGCAAUGGACAUGAAAUUCAGCUUGUUUAGUAAAGGAGGACAAAGCAGGGCCACCACAACAGCAGGAGGAAGAAGGAGAACAAGAGGUAACAACUCAAUACCUAUCCCUGAGUGAACUGUGGGAUAUGUGGAAAAGAUUUCAGCCAUCGUCCAGAUAAGCACAUUAUCACCUAGCUGAUCCGAUGCUGGAAUAAUGGGGCCAGUAGCCUGGAAUUCAGAGGGUAGGAAGCCAAGCAGAUGGGACUGCUUUCUAGGGAAGGGGGCACUGAAAAGGCAGUUGGAAGAGGGACAAAGUUCUCUGCCUCUGGAGGCAACUGCUAUGAAGCAUGAAGGAAACUUACUCCUUCAAGGCAGAUGUUAUAUGUCACCCAGGCAUGUGGACCACUGUGGAAAGAGGUAUCCAGUAUCUAAAAGAGUUAGCUGUGCUAGAGAUGUUUUAUUAUGACCUGAACAACACACAGUCACCCACAGAUCCAGUCAAAAUCUAAUGCACACAACCCAUGUGGUGGAAAUUUUUCUGGCGUACACCAUCAUCGUAUGCCAACUCAUUGGCAGUAAUGACCUGGAGAGGCAGAGCAGUGGAUGAAGUGGCUCACCAACUCUGGCAAUACAAAGAAAAUCUCUCUUCCUCCUUACAGACGUGCAUCUCAGCUGUGGAAAAUGUAUCUGAAAAGUGGGAAAAACCAUUCUGGGAGUUCUGGCAACAAAAGAAGAUGGGUCCUACUCACCACCUGUACAGACGGUGGGAAAGUGUAAUGGAGAAUGGAGACUAACAGUAGACUAUCAUGGCCUGAAUGAAGUCACGCUGCUGUUGAGUGCUGCCAUACCAGGCAUGCUAGAACUUCAAUAUGAACUGGAGUCAAAGGCAGCCAAGCGAAUUUCCAGAAUUCGUAUGGUCUUGAAUUUGAACAAGAGACUAGAAAUCAGAAUAAUCCUCACAUUCCUUUGAAUAAGUAGUAAUAAUGCAGCGAAGGCAAGGAAGAGUCAAUGCUGGACUGCUUUUGCUACUUUAUCAAAUUUCUCAAGUGGGACUCCAGAACAUUCCUUCUGUUACCCUUGGGGUACUUGCACUGAAUAUUUUUCUCUUUCUGAAUCCUGUGAAGCCACUGUCUGAAGUGUGUAUCAGUGUAAAUGAAGGCUUUUACCGAAAGAACUGGGAGCGUUUACUGCUUUCUCCUGUCCACCAUGCAGAUGACUGGCAUUUGUAUUACAACAUGAUUUCCAUGCUUUGGAAGGGGAUGAUGCUGGAAAAAAAACUUAAGAGCAUAUGGUUUGCAUACAUAAUUGCAGUAUUUUCCGUGCUGAUUGGAGUUGUUUAUAUGGUUCUGGAAUUCAUGCUUGUGAAAAUUCUGGAUGAUCCUUCGUAUGAAAUGAAUUGUGCUGUAGGUUUUUCAGGAGUCUUGUUUGCUUUGAAAGUUCUUAACAACCAUUACAAUCCAGGAAGAGUCAGCAGUGUCCUUGGAUUGCAGAUAUCCAGUAAAUAUGCUUGUUGGGUGGAGCUGGUGGCUAUUCAUUUAAUCUCCCCAGGGACUUCUUUUGCUGGGCAUCUUGCAGGGAUUCUUGUUGGAUUGAUGUACACCAUGGGACCUCUGAAAAAGAUCAUGAAAGCCUGUGCAGGUGGCAUUUUUUCAUUUACUGAGCCUGCCAGGCCAAGGGACUAUUAUUCAGAGUAUUACGGCUAUCCAGGUUAUCAAUACCGAAUGCCAAGGAGCUAUUAUACAGGUGGGCUUACUGAAGAAGAACAGCUUGAAAGGGCAGUGCUAAACAGCCUUAAUGAAAGAGAUUUCGGUGGAGCAACGUAUAAUAAUGAGCGGCGACCCUAUGGGUUUUGGUUUCCACCUGAGCAGCGUUCAGAAGAGGAAAUAAGAAGGCAAAGGCUUCGUAGGUUUGAGAGACGAUGAAGCUGGCAGUUGUUGAUGCAACUUGUUCAGUGCUAUUCAGAGUUACCAAAAUAUUUGCAGAUUUACUUGUAAUCUUUCUUGCUUUUUUUUUAUAGUUGCAAAACUUCAGAGGAUUUUGUGAGUUCAGGCUCGAAGUUGGAACUUGCAUAAAAAGUGUGAGAUAGGAAUCAAAAUGUGGCCUUUGGCUGUCUCCUUAAAUACAGAAGACAACUGGUAGUUUUACCAAACUUGUCUCUUUUUUUCUUUUUUUUCUUUUUUUUUUUCUCUCUCAAUUUCUUCUGUGUAACUUCAGGAAUUCUUUGGCUUUUUGGCUGCUGGUAUUCUCCCACAAUAGGUUUUCAUCCAUCACAGACAAAAAACUAUUACAUUUUCUAUAUAACUUUAAACUAUGCAAUUUUUCCUUAUAAACCUUUCUCUGUUUAUCUAUGAUGACCAACUGUUUUUGGGAUUGGCGUGUGAAAUGUCACUUGAAAAGAUUGCUUUGAUGACAACAGCUAGAUCAUGUGAGUCUAGGCUUAAGCUUUUCAGCAGUCUUUCAAGCUUUGUGGGAAAAAUAGUUGCAGCUAUCCUUAUCCUAAGGAGUUAUUUAAUACAGCCUUAAAUGUUGCGGCCUUUCUCAAAAUGCGCCAUUUUAUCCAGAGCUUCUAUGAUAAAACUGGGUUGUAACUACUUAUGAUUUCCUAAAGCCUUUCUUAAUAUUUAUGUUUUAAAUUGAAAAAUGCAUCCCUUUACGUAGAUGAAAUGAUUUCUUGAGAGUUUUAUGGCGAGCUGGAUAAGCCAUACAAAGAAUAUAUUUAUUUAAUACCAUACUUUUUUGAAGCAUCUCUUUCCCUUUUUGAGAAGGCUUGGAGGCGGUAUGGUGUAUAUGCUGUUCAUGCAGCUUUAGAAAUGCUGCUGUUACUUUAUAUGUAUCUCGUUUGAUGUCCAGUAGCAGCAGUAAGAGUUUGCAGACUUGUGAUCUUGCCUAAAUAUAGGCUACCUUGAAUUCUUCGUUUUCUGGGAAGAAUUUCUCUACCCAACUCCAGAGUGGUUGAUUGGAGACCAGAGAGCUCAGCUGUCACUUUGGCCAGAGCCUCCACUCGCUGCUUGUCACGCAGCGGCUGUCCUGCUUUUGUGGCACAUCUGUCUGUUCAGUAACAUUAACCAAUCAACCUGAAGGGUUUUCGUUCUAGCAUCACUCUGAAGAAUUACUCAUUGCCCAGGUAUUUUAGCCUCAUAAUAGAAAAAAUUCUUCUGAAACUGGGAACACUGCUCCAUAGCUAUUUUCAGUCCUGAAGAGGUGUGAUUGCACAAGAAUAAUUUAAUUAUUGGCUUUUGGCACACACCUGUUGGAAUCUUGUCAUCAGCAGUGAUUUAGUAGAGCAUUAGGCAGAGCAAUUUAAUGGUUUCGUCCAUGUGAUCACCAAGCUGUGCUUAAUGGAGUCUACUUUUCUAUGGAGUUAUAGUCUGAAUGUAAAAAACCUGUGCUGUAUUUUUCAUACAGGAAAAAAAUCCAGAAACUAUAUUUUUUUACUACGUUCUUUAAAUAAAAGGCUACACCUUCUGUUUGUAGCUAAUGUAUGUAGGAGAAGCUUUCGUUUGCUGAAAAAUGCACAAGCCGUUGUUUCUGUCCUGUGACAUGUUUGCUUUCACCGUCCUUCUUACACCUAUUGCUGGUUUUACACCCAGGAGCAACACAGUAUCGUUACACAAACUAUGUGGCUCAAGGUUCUGACAGCCCAAAGAUGGGACUGUCAUGUGACUUGGGAGAUCUCGUUUGGGUAGCAUAGGAACACUUAAUGUUAUGCAGAGGCUUUCUGGCAGAUUCUAAGACACUUAGUACGUAAGGAAUGCUGGGGUUUGCUGGCCUUGGUUGUUUUUCUAUAUGUGCAGUAGUCAUAGAAUAAAACAGCAGAUACUUUUAUAGUAGGCUAACUUUUCUAUGCUCACUGAGUAUCAAAAAAUGGCAUACAGUUCGCAUAUUUUUUCAGUGGGUAAUAGAUGUAAAUGAGGAAGUGGCAUAGGUUUCUCAGACUAAUCUUUUAAUGCUGUGGUCAAAAGUUUCAGUGUAACUUACUGUUGGGUCUGUUAGCCUCUGUUAUUUUAAUUAUUUAAAACCACUGGAUUAGCCACUAAGUUGAAAAAAAUACAUUUAAGUCAAAUCAAAAACCUGAUGCCAGUUU